UGAAGGAAUUAAUGGCUAAGCACAGAUGGAGACAUUGUAGGAUUAUUAGGAUCAUCUGCUCUUCAUGAAUCCCCAACCUAACAGUCAGCUUCCAAAUCAUGAUUAUCUAAUGAUAUUUGCGUUCCUUUUUAAACAUCUCAUACUUCACUCCUCCCUUUCUCAACUCUCUUUACGCUCAUGAAACAGAACCCUCCUCAAUCCUUCCACGACUAGUGUUUCUUCAGUCUUCCAAGCUUUACCCGAUUUGACAAAAGGUUGUGAGGCCUGAAUCAUGGCUGAGGAUCUGGAGAAACCACUGUUGAAUCCCGAGAGCUUCCACCGAGAGGGGAUUGACUUGGAGCGUUUGCCACUAGAGGAGGUCUUUGAGCAAUUGAGAACAUCACACAGAGGACUCUCGUCCGAAGAUGCUGAAGCCAGAUUGAAGAUUUUUGGUCCAAACAAACUUGAAGAGAAGCCAGAAAAUAAGUUCUUGAAAUUCCUUAGUUUUAUGUGGAAUCCUCUGUCAUGGGUUAUGGAAGCGGCAGCAAUAAUGGCAAUUGUCCUUGCUAAUGGUGGAGGGCAAGGUCCUGACUGGCAGGAUUUUGUAGGGAUUAUUUGCCUGUUGAUAAUCAAUUCAACAAUUAGUUUUAUAGAGGAGAACAAUGCUGGGAAUGCUGCAUCCGCUCUUAUGGCUCGUUUAGCUCCCAAAACGAAGGUCCUGAGAGAUGGGCAGUGGAAAGAGCAAGAUGCUGCUAUUUUGGUGCCAGGAGAUAUAGUUAGCAUUAAGCUUGGGGAUAUCAUCCCUGCGGAUUCUAGAUUACUCGAAGGAGAUUCAUUAAAAAUUGACCAGUCAGCUCUUACUGGAGAAUCUCUUCCUGUCACCAAGAGAACAGGAGAUGAAGUUUAUUCUGGCUCAACAUGUAAGCAAGGAGAAAUUGAAGCUGUGGUUAUUGCGACAGGAGUAAACAGUUUCUUUGGAAAAGCAGCACAUCUAGUUGACUCCACUGAAGUUGUUGGACAUUUCCAGAAGGUCCUUACCGCCAUUGGGAACUUCUGCAUUUGCUCUAUAGCUGUUGGAAUGAUUCUUGAAAUCAUUGUCAUGUUCCCAGUACAGCACCGUUCAUACAGGGAUGGAAUCAACAACCUUCUUGUUCUCUUAAUCGGAGGAAUACCAAUAGCUAUGCCAACAGUCUUGUCUGUCACACUAGCAAUUGGUUCUCAUCGGCUAUCUCAACAGGGUGCCAUUACAAAGAGGAUGACAGCGAUAGAAGAAAUGGCAGGAAUGGAUGUCCUCUGCAGUGACAAAACUGGAACUCUUACCCUCAAUCGCCUGACAGUAGAUCGAAACCUUAUCGAGGUUUUCAACAAAGAUAUGGACAAAGAUAUGAUUGUCUUGCUUGCAGCCAGAGCAUCCAGAUUGGAGAAUCAGGAUGCUAUUGAUGCAGCCAUAGUUAACAUGCUUGCUGAUCCAAAGGAGGCACGUGAAAACAUCAGAGAAGUGCAUUUCUUACCCUUCAAUCCGGUGGACAAACGUACUGCAAUUACAUACAUUGAUUCUGAUGGUAAUUGGUAUCGAGCUAGCAAAGGAGCUCCUGAGCAGAUUCUAAAUAUGAGCAAAGAGAAGGACGAGAUCUCUGGGAAAGUGCAUACCAUCAUUGAAAAAUUUGCCGAAAGGGGCCUGCGAUCACUUGGAGUUGCAUUUCAGGAAGUUCCUGAAAAAACUAGGGAAAGUCCUGGAGGUCCUUGGACGUUUUGUGGGUUGUUGCCCUUGUUUGAUCCUCCUAGGCAUGAUAGUGCUGAGACCAUCCGCAGAGCACUAAACCUUGGAGUUAAUGUCAAGAUGAUUACAGGUGAUCAACUGGCAAUUGCAAAGGAGACAGGAAGACGACUUGGCAUGGGAACGAACAUGUACCCCUCUUCAACAUUGUUAGGACGGGAAAGGGAUGAAAAUGAAGCUCUUCCUGUCGACGAGCUCAUUGAAAAGGCAGAUGGCUUUGCUGGUGUAUUUCCAGAACACAAAUAUGAAAUUGUUAAAAUUUUACAAGAAAAGAAGCAUGUGGUUGGAAUGACUGGAGAUGGUGUGAAUGAUGCACCUGCUUUGAAGAAAGCAGAUAUUGGAAUAGCAGUGGCAGAUUCUACAGAUGCUGCGAGAAGUGCUUCUGAUAUUGUCUUGACAGAGCCUGGUCUAAGUGUGAUUAUCAGUGCUGUCUUAACUAGCAGAGCUAUAUUCCAAAGAAUGAAGAACUAUACAAUAUAUGCCGUCUCCAUAACCAUUAGGAUUGUGCUUGGUUUUGUGCUUCUAGCUUUGAUAUGGGAAUAUGACUUCCCACCUUUCAUGGUUCUGAUAAUAGCAAUACUCAAUGAUGGGACCAUAAUGACUAUCUCGCAAGAUCGAGUUAAGCCAUCUCCAAGGCCUGACAGUUGGAAGCUGGAAGAGAUAUUUGCGACAGGCAUUGUCAUCGGCACAUAUCUUGCUUUGGUCACUGUCCUGUUUUACUGGACUGUGAUCGAUACAAAUUUCUUCGAGACACACUUCCAUGUGAGGUCUAUCUCCAGCAACACUGAGGAAGUCUCUUCUGCUGUGUAUCUACAAGUCAGCAUCAUCAGCCAGGCUUUAAUAUUUGUUACGCGUAGUCAAAGUUGGUCGUUCCUUGAGAGGCCUGGAAUUCUCUUGAUGUGUGCAUUUGUGGUGGCUCAACUGGUGGCCACUUUAAUUGCUGUAUAUGCACAUAUUAGCUUUGCUUAUAUUAGAGGCAUUGGAUGGGGAUGGGCUGGUGUCAUAUGGUUGUAUAGUUUGGUCUUCUACGUACCACUGGAUAUUAUCAAGUUCACAAUUCGUUAUGCCUUGAGUGGAGAAGCAUGGAAUCUCUUAUUUGAUAGAAAGACCGCUUUUACUACAAAGAAAGAUUAUGGAAAGGAAGAUAGAGAAGCUAAGUGGAUACUUUCCCAGAGGAGUCUACAAGGGUUGAUGGCAACAGACCAAGAUUUCAAUGGCAGGAGAUCAACUUUGAUUGCCGAACAGGCCAGACGGCGUGCAGAAAUAGCUAGACUGGGGGAGAUUCACACCUUGAGAGGACAUGUAGAAUCGGUAGUCAGGCUCAAAAAUCUGGACUUAAAUUUAAUUCAAACAGCUCAUACGGUUUGAAGACAUGAUAUAAACAAUGUAUCUUCCAAUUUUCCUGUGAAGAAAACUUGACAGAAGUUGCUCACAUAACUACUGUGGAGCAUGAUAUGCUAGAGGAAUUGACAUUUGUUAUAGGAGUCGUCCAGAACGCACCUGUAACUCCUGCAAGAUAUAAUCUCCAGAUGUUUUUGUCCAGAGCACAUCUUAAGAAGGUAUCUUCAGAGAGUAACUGAUGCCAUUUCCUAGUAUGUAUUGCGAUUCUUUUAACAUGCUAUUUGUGUUGAGGUUUGGGAAUUCUUGUAUUUGUUUGCAGAGUUUUUACUGUCAUAUUUAGGCAGUUUACAGUAAUAAAAACUACUCGACACAGUGGAAUUGUCACA